GGGGAGGGAGGUAGCCGCCAUGUCGUGGGACGGUGCCUCGGCAGAGGUGAGCUGGCGGCGGGAGGCGCGCGCGGUGGGGUAGGAAAGGGGUCACGGCUGACUUUGCAGUGAAUCUUCUACUUGUCCAUAGCUACUCUGAAUGCCAGAGCCUCACCCAAGAAAACAGUGCUUGCCAGAAACUCUGGUCCUGAGGGUCCAUGUCUAGAAAGUACUUCGCUGUCAUUUUCCUCUACUCCCCACAAUGAGAGAUCUGGAGACUCCAAUUCAUUACUCUGCGAAGAAGCACCACCUGAAAAAGAUGAGAAGAAAGAUAUCAGCAUCAGUGACAUGAAACUGGAGGAUAAGAGUAGCAAAACCACUGCUGUGAUAGAAGCAAUGACGAUGACAGUACAUGAGAAAACAAAGUUAGAGAAGUCAACAGAUGACAGUUCAUAUAAAGAGAGAAUUGUGCAAGAGCCAGUAAUAACUGCUAGAAUACAAGAAUUAUCAGUGGAUGGUCAGUCUGAACAUGGGGAGGCGAAGAACACUUCACAGGAUUCUGUCCAGAAACGAAGUGGAACAAUGAAAGCAGUUCUACAGAGCUCAAAAUCCUCAUCUUGCAAGCAUCUGUCUUCUGCACAGUUCAAGGAAAAAGUGAAAGCUGUUCCACCUCACUAUUUGGGAACAUUAAAGGUGUUAGAGGAUAAACACUUGCAGAAGAACAGUACAGAAUUUGACAAAGCAGAUAGUUUGCGAGCAGCUGUUUUCCAGAACUGGAUGGAAAAGAAAAGAACCUUUCUACUGGAAUUAAAGAGAACAGAAAAGAAAAACGCUGAAGAGCUGAGGAAUGAUGCUGAGAAGAAAGAAGCUGUUAAAAGAGAGGAAGCAAAUGCAUCUUUUAAAACCUGGAAAGCAAUGAAAGCAAGAGAAGCAAAGAAGCUGAAUGAAAAAAAGAAGCUUGAGAAACUUAAGGAAAAGGAAGCAGCAGAACAGAAUGCAGAGAGAGCAGAAGCAGCACAGAAGGCGUUUGAAAAAUGGAAAGAGAAAAAAAUAGAAUAUUUGAGAGAGCAAGGCAGACAGGAAAAACAGUCUGAAAGAAUCAGAAAGAAAAAAGAAGAGGAACUAGCUGCAAAAAAGAAGAGAGACAGCAUAUCAGCAGUUGAAAAAUGGAAUGGUAAAAAGAAAGAAUGUAUGAAACAAAAGAAGGCAGAAAAAAUCCUAGAGAGAAGAAAAAAAGAAAUACAACAGGCAAAGAAGGAUGAAAAAGAUAAAAUGGCCAGAGAAGAAUAUGAAAGAUGGCUGGGAAACAUAAAGAGGAGAGAACUGAAGAAGCAGCAGAAGAGCCUCCAGGCUGUGCAUAGGAAUGAAGUGUCUUUUCCGUGGAUUCCUCCUGGCAAAGUCACUUAUACAAAGAGUUAUUGAGCAGCCUAUUGCCCUCUCUACAAAUAGAUGAUCUGCUUAUGCUCUCAAGGCUAGUCUGUUAUUUUGGCAACAGCUAUUUUUCACUGAAUCCAUGAUAGAUGUUGCAUCCUUUUUAAUUUAUUUCAUCUCUGGAAUUGAAAUGGGUCAGAUGUCUUAUUCCAUGACACUAACAAAUGCGCUAAUUUUUGUAAUUCUGCAUUUAACUUAGUUUUGUUAAGUGUUGUGUUACUCCAUUCCUUCUUGGUGGAAGGGUAUAUUCAAGAGAUAGGCGGCUGGACUCUUUUUUUUUUCACCCAGUAAGUGGCAGGUUACUUAGCAGGACGAUUAUGUUUACAUUAUUAGACUCUAUUACUAUUCAGCAUUGGUAAUGACAGUUGUUACUCAGAACAAGUGGUCAGUUGCAACUAGAUGUGUUCACAGUCAGGAAAAAAAAAGAAAAUAAUUCUAUGUCCAUUUAGAAAACUUUAGUCUCAAUCUAUUUAUAAACAAUUAAAUGAUGAUGAACAGGUGAUAAACACAGUAUACAAGGGAAGGAAAAGUACAGGCCAGGGAGGCUACCUGUAUGUGCAGGGUUCAAGGAGGUUCACGCCUCAUAUGUUUGAAUUUGCUUCUCUUCCUUCAUCUGCAACACCUGUUUUGAGUGAGUAGUUGAGAGAUGGUCCAUACGUGGUAGGUGAGAAUGUUGUUUGUGAUCAGGAAUGCUUAUGCCAUGAGGAAGAUGAGACCGGGGGAUUAAGUCUAGAAGAACUGCUGUGUGAAACAGGGAAGAUAGGGAAGGACAUGUUGGGUGUCUUGCGAUGAAACAGAGAUAUGAGGCUAAACCAUGUGUAUAGUGUGAGAAUGUUGUUUUCAUGCAUGAAGGAACAAGCUACAGAGAUUAUUAAUUUUUAGAUCAUUGUAGGAUCACAGAAUGGCCUGGGUUGAAAAGGAUCAUAAUGAUCAUCUAGAUUCAACCGCCCUGCCAUGGGCAGGAUCGCCAACUGUAGGAAAUUAGUGGGAGAAAUGCAAUGAGCAUAGUAGAUGAUCAGCAAAUCUCGUUUAUUGUUUCAGCUGCGUGUACAUUUAUAGUGUGGAUAAUAGGCUCAUACAUAUUGCUAAAGUGGAGCUCAGGAUUGGCUCGCUAGUCAAUGUCAACUACGCCUAUCUUUGUGCUCUGUGGUUCUCUCUCAGCAAACACUCUCUUACAGACUUCUCAAAACACUGUUGCCGGUUUUCUCCAUCGGCAUCCUGUUUUGUUCCUUGUUCUCAUACCUGACCUUGCGCGUAACAAGGUUGCUUAACCAGCUGCACAGUGUCUGCAUGGCUUUUCUCAUUCAGCCAGUCAUCAAUAAAUCUCUCCCCAGCCAACCACUAGACCAGGCUGCCCAGAGCCACAUCCAGCCUGGCCUCAAAUACCUCCAGGGAUGGGGCACCCACAACCUCCUUGGGCAACCUGUUCCAGUGUGUCACCACCCUCUGAGUGAAAAGCUUCCUCCUAAUAUCUAACCCAAACCUCCCAUCUUCAUUUAAAACUAUUCCCUCUUGUCCUGUCACUAUCAACCCAUAUAAAUAGCCAUUCUCCCUCCUGCUCAUAUGCUCCCUUCAAGUAUUGGAAGGCCACAAUGAGGUCUCCCUAGAGCUUUCUCCAAGCUAAACAAGCCCAGUUCCCUCAACCUUUCUUCCUAGGAGAGGUGCUCCAGCCCUCUGAUCAUCUUAGUGGCCCUCCUCUGGAGCCAUUCCAAGAGCUCAGUAUCCUUCUCUUGCUGGGGGCCCCAGGCCUGGACACAGUACUCCAGGUGGGGACUCACAAAAGCUGAGUAGAGAGGGACAAGUACCUCCCACUCCUUGCUGGCCACCCCUUUUUUAAUGAAGCCCAGAGCUUAGUUGGCUUCUGGGCUGCAAGUACGCACUGCUGUCUCAUGUCCAGCUUCUUGUCUACCAGGACUGUCCUCUACAGGGCUGCUCUCAAGGAGGUCUUCCCCCAGGCUGUAUAGAUACCUGGGAUUGCCCUGCCCCAAGUGCAGCACUUUGCAUUUGGCCUUGUUGAGUCUCAUUCAGUUGUCCAGGUCCCUCUGGAUGGCUUCCCUUCCCUCCAGUAUAGUGACUGCACAGCUCAGCAUGGUGUCAUCUGUAAGUUUGCUGAGGAUGCGCUCAAUGCCGUUGCCUGUGUCAUUGAUAAAGAUGUUGAAGAGCACCAGUCCCAAGAUUGACCCCUGAGGGACAGUGCUUGUGACCAGCCUCCACCCUGACACAGAACCAUUGAUUACAACGCUUUGGCUGCAAACAGCCAACAUCCACUGUACAGUCCAUCCUUCAAAUCUGCACAUCUUCAAUUUAUAGUGGAGGAUGUGGUGAGGGACCAUGUCAAAGGCUUUGCAGAAGUCCAGGUAGAUGGCAUCUGUCUCCCUUCCCCUGUCCACUGAUACUAUUACUCCAGAUUGUUUGGGCAAGACCUGCCCUUGGUGAAGCCAUGCUGGCUGUCUCGAAUCACCUCUUCUUCUUGUAUGUUCCUUAACAUAGCUUCUAGGAGAAUUUGCUCCAUGAUCUUCCCAGGUGUAGAGAUGAGGCCUGGCCUGUAGUUCCCUGGGUCAUCCUUUCUCCCUUUCCUAAAAAUGGGAGUAAUGUUUCUGUUUUCCAGUCACCGGAGACUUCACUGGACAGCCAUGAUUUUUCAAAUCUGAUGGAGAGUGGCAACCAUAUCAGCCAUCUCUUUCAGAGCCCUAGGAUGGAUAUCAUCUGGCCCCCUGGACUUACACGCAUUCAGUUUCAUGAGGAGGUCUCAGACUUGUUCCUUGCUUACACUGGGAUGGAAUCUGCUCCUUUCACCCACACCUAGAGCUUCAGGGUCCUGUUACACUGUGAUGUGUAAAGAGUAAGUUUUAAAUUGGGACUACAUUGUGUAGAAACUGCUUUUCAUGUGCCCAAAAGCAGGUAGCUGUGGGAUAGAAAAAAAGAACUAACUGGAACUGAUACAAUGUGAAAUGGUCCAGGCUUAAGACUGUACCUGUUAAAUAUUUUUCAGGUAUUUUCAUAUGUUCCAAGAAUUUCCCGUUUCCUACUGGAAAUGUUAUUUUAGAAGCAUGAUUUGCAAUUCAUGCAAAAUCUUACAUAGAAACUUCACUGCAGAACAGUGGUAGUCUUAUGAGGCAGUUUUAGGCACUGAAAAUGACUUAUCUGGACCUGAAUUAAGGCUUCCGUGGUUAUUUUCACACAAUCAAAUAAAUACCUCCCAAACACAUUUUAAUCAUUGCUAAUGAGCUAGUUGCUAUCGUAAGUUGUUAAAAUUUCUUCGGGGGUUUUGUUUGUUUGUUUUGUUUUGUUUGUUUUUUGCUUUUUAUUGCUGCUUUGCCUCACUAUUUUGGAAAUAAUGGUAAGACUAAAGAUCUUUAGAGCUCUUCAAAUCACUUCUUUACCUGCUAUCCAAAUGCAAGCUGUUAUCUAGGUAUUUUCUUACAUGAAUUUUAAUAAUCACUCCGGAUCUGCUCCUUAAAUGAGUAUUAAAAAAAAAAAAAAAAAAACAGGAAAAAAAAACAGGGAAAAAAAAAAAACACCACCCAAGUUCUUAUCUAUAAGAUGUGUUUUCUUAAAUGAGAAUCUUACUCCUGUUAAUACCAACAGUCUCCUCGGGAAGCGAUAGAACCAUAUGAGAAGGUGGCUUUCCCUUUUUCAUUCGAAGAUUUUGCUGUUUAUAAAUUACUGAGAUGCUCACUAAUUCUGUAUUUCAUGUAAUACCGGGGCAUCUCCUGAGAAAAAAAGCACAAGACUGUCAAACAGAGGAUUCGCUUUAGUUCUAGAGGUUUCUUGCUUGUUUGUUACGUUUUAGUGAGAGGCGCCUAGGAUUUAAAUGCAUUUGUUUUGGCCAUAACAAUUUCUGUUGUCAUAAUGUUGUACAGGUGACAGUUAUCACUGGGAUGUAUAUAAAAGUGAAAUUAGAAGGAUAUUCCAUUUCUCUGUUGUUGAAUGUGGUUCUGUUCAUCAUUCUUUGAAUUCAUAUUUCAAGCUUCAUCAAAGUUUGACAGAAGCAGGUAAGAUGUUAGAACUGUAGGUAGACUCAUGUAUGUAGCCCUGCUCUGUAUUGGAACAUUUUAGCAGGUCUCUGCUGGUCCUGUCUAUUGCUUCCAGGUCUGUUUCUUCCUCAAAGGUUAAUCGUACUUGACUUGGCUUUCAUGCUUUUAUUUGUUUCUCACCUUCUGUUAUCAUGCUACUCACCCUAACGUAUUGUGGCUGGAACAGCUUUUGUUCUACUAAGGAAUUUAUAGAGGAAAUACGAAGCUUUCUGACACCAUCCUGUGAUUAUAUACUGUCUGCAGGUGAUCCAGAUUUUUACUUAGCUGUAGCAUAGGUAAAAAUGAUAUUCACUUCCUGUAUUCACAUGUCUGAUAACACAGACAGGUGAAUGCAGGACUUUCAUAAACUCUGGCCCUGGUUCUGCCUGGAGUACUUCUUACCCUGCAGCAGGUCAGGUAUUUUUUCCAGCAGUAGUGAUAUGACAACAACAAUAUUGAUAUCCAAAGAGAAAGCAGAAAUUUACUGCCCACAGAAGUUGAGAGCAGCUUCAGUGGACAAUCCAAGAGGCAGGGUAAAAUUACAUGUACCAGCAGGAGAGUAACAGAACUACAGCACGAAAUCCAACCAAAAUGCCAGUUCAGAAUUAACCCACACGAAUUUUAUGGGGAAAAAGAUAAAGGAUGAAUUCAUACCUUUAGGCUACAGCAGUGAUGUGCAUCGUUGUCUGCUAGGCUUCUAGCACUACUAGAAGGCUGAAGUUCAGGUUUAGUGCAUCGAGAAACUAUACAGUUGUAUAAUUUAAUGGGAAGAUAAAAACAUAUAGCAGACAGCAGAGUUUGUUGUACAGCUGCCCUCAGGAGAGACUGAGGCAAAACGCGCAGCCUGUGUGAAACUAGGGAUGCAGAAUCACCUAGAUCUUUAUUUUUGCAUUGUCUAGCUAGAGCAAGUAAGAUAGGCCUCUGUGCUCACAGGCUUGCAGUUGAGAGAUGCAAAUGAAAAAAUGUUAGAGGUAACGGCAGAUCUGGAAUAGGGUUUCUCAUAUGCCUGUUGCUAAGCUGAAUAUCGUGCUUUACUGUUUUUAUGCCUUUUGCUGGUUGGAUGGAAAAAUUUUGUCAGAAGGUAUAAGUGGGAAGAUGUAGGUGACAUGUUUCAUAGGAGUGAUAUACCACAAACCCACAGAAAUGCGCAGCUUCUCGGUGAGGAAAAAAUGUUCAAGAUUUUUAGACAGGCAAAAGAAGUUGAUACAAUUACAUGUUUGUCUUUUAUAAUAAAAUGUUGCAAUCUUGGUCUAAUUUUCAGACAUGUUAUAGCCUGAUUUAGGAAAAUGUGGAGCUCAGAUAUACAGGUGUAUACAGUAAAUUUAUAAAAAUGUUUCUGUGCAAAUCCUAUUCAACUUGUUUAUUGAUAACAAGAAAAAUAUUUUGUUAUUUAUUAAUAAAGUAUAUUUUAAUAUAAUGAGA